AUGUCCCCGGCCAACGUGACCUACUGGUUCCAGGGCCCGACCACUCUCAGGUUCCUCAAUACGUCCUGGAUCUUGGACGACGAGGAUGACUUCUACGACUACGACGACUACCAGAGCCUGCCCGAGAUCAACAUCACAAGGGCCGAGGGCGCCACCAAUGCCCUGGUGGAGGCGGCGCUCAAGACAGUGGUGCUGGCGAGCAUCGUGGUGCUCACCAUCGGCGGCAACAUGCUGGUGUUGCUGGCCGUCUACAUGUCCCGCAACCUGCGCUCCUCCACGCACUACCUGAUCGUGAACCUGGCGGUGGCGGACCUCCUGCUUGGAACGACCGUCCUGCCCUUCAGCGCCACCCUGGAGGUCUCCGGCAAGUGGUACUUCGGGCAGGUGUUCUGCGAGGUGUGGGCGACCGCCGACGUGCUCUGCUGCACCGCCUCCAUCUGGUCCCUGUGCGUCAUCUCGCUCGACCGCUACAUCGGCGUCACGAGGCCGAUGGCGUACCCGACCAUCAUGACGGAGCGCCGGAUGUGCGUGCUUAUCGCCGCCGUGUGGGCGCUGUCCAUCGUGAUCUCCAUCGGCCCCGCCUUCGGCUGGAAGACGCCCCCGGACCCCGACCCCACCGUGUGCACCGUCAACCAGGAGCUGGGCUACGUGCUCUUCUCCGUCACGGGCUCCCUUUUUCCUGCCCAAAAGGGCUGCAAACUUUGUGUGUACUGGCGCAUCUACCGCGCCGCCAUCCAGCAGUCCAAGUUCCUGGAGAGCGGCAUCAAGACCACGAAGACGUCCGUCACGCUCAGGGUGCACAAGGGGGGCGCCGGCCGCUCCGACGGCAAGCUCACGCUGAGGGCGCAUCGCGGGGGCAUGGGCGUGGGCAUCGCCGCUGGCAUGGCCGCUGGCCUCGCCACGGGCGUCGGGGGCCUCAACGGCCACUGCAUGGCUAAUGGACAGUCGAAGUCGCCCACGAAGGAAGAGGAGAAGGGCUUGGGAGGAGGAAACCGGGCGGGGGGGGCGGAGGGCGGCAAGGGGGGCAAGAAGGGCAAGGGCAGCCACCACGAGCCGGAGUCGCCGUCGUCGUCUCCGGAGCGCCGUCUGCCGGGGCCGCCGGGCAAGAUGGCCAAGUUCCGCAGGCAGAAGAAGGCCGCCAAGACCUUGGGGAUCGUCGUGGGCGUGUUCCUCCUGUGCUGGUUCCCCUUUUUUUCAUCCUUGCCGGUUUAA